AUGCCCGGCAUCCUCCCAGCCCUGAUGAGACGAUUGGUCAACAAGGUUGCAGGUAUCGUGCUUGCAGCUUGCUUCCUGUGGCUGGCAUGGGCUUUAUAUUACCAUUUCUCCACAUCCAAAGUCCCUCCCGGAGUGUGUCAGCCUCUCAAGGUCCAAUUUCUACACAUCGUACUUGUCAUGCUGUUCGGAUUGAAUUAUGUUCUCUGGAAAAUAGGUCUUUGCCCCUGGCUUGCCAUACCGAGGUUUGCAUUUGAUGUGAUUCCUCCCUCAGAUGACCCAACAAUCUCCAUCAAGAAUGAAUUCUUUGAAGGUGUACCUGUAAGAAUCUACCAACUGAAAGAGCCGUCUGCAGGGAUGCGGAGAGGAAUUAUGUUUUUCCAUGGAGGAUGUGGACUCUUUGGGAGCAUUGAUGCCUAUGAAAGAUUUUGCCGUUAUAUUGCCAAAGAAAGUGAUUCGGUGCUUGUGUCUGUUGGGUAUUGUCUUGCUCCUGAGAGCCCUUAUCCGACACAGUUCAACCAAUGUCAUGAUGCCACCGUUCACUUUAUGAAGAAUUCAGAGAACUAUGGGGUAGACCCUGCUCGUAUAAUACUUUGCGGAGACAGUUUUGGAGGGUUGGUGACCGCUUACCUCUGCCAAGAGCUGAAAAACAGAACGGAUCUCCCCAAAGUCCAUGCUCAGAUGCUGCUCUAUCCAUUUCUCCAAGCACUGGACUGUAAUUUACCUUCUUAUCAGCAGAAUUCUCUCUUCCCUCUGAUAUCUCGAAAAAAUUUGUUGAAAUUCGCUGCACAGUAUCUUGAUCAAUCCACAUCAAUGAUUGACAUGGCUAUCAGUGGAAAUCUGAUCCCUCAAAGCAUUCAAAUGAAAUACAAGGGGUGGGUACAUUCUGAUAACAUCCCUUAUGAGUUUAGAAUCAGAAACCACAAUCCAGCCCCGCCUGCUUCUCCAAAAGACAAUUUAUUUAACUUGCUAUAUGAAGCGCUUGACAGAAAAAUUUCCCCACUUUUGGCUGAUGAUUCCUUUUUACAAGGUCUUCCCGAGACUUUCAUCUUAACUUGUGAAUAUGAUGUGCUGAGGGACGACGGCUUGUUGUAUAAGAAACGACUGGAAGACAACGGUGUCCCGGUAUCGUGGUACCACCUUGAAGAUGGAUUUCAUGCCAUUACAGUCCUGAUUAAUCACUGGUUUAUUACUUUUACCUCUUCUAAAACAGGAAUGGAUGGUAUAGUUAAUUAUGUAAAAGGACUGUAAUUUCAAACAUGGUCUUGGAUCUCUCCAAACUGGAUGUGUGACUGUUCAGGAAACUGCUUAAUUUUAUUAAUUGUACUACAGACAGUAAACUUCU